CCCAGGCUGGUGUGUGGAGCGAGAGGCCUGAUUGUGCUGGUGAUCGCUGGCGUGGCAGGAGCCAUGACCAGCUGGGGCCUUCUUGGCCACCACACUGUACUGCCGCGGGUCAAGGCGGAGCCCAGGCCAAGCAUUGUUCUUGGCGGCAGCUGCAGUGAGAGCAACAAGCCUGGCGUCCAGCCUCCAGACCUGUGGAUCCAUCACGGCCACUUGGAGCUGAAGAACUUUGACAAGGGUGAGCGCAGCAACUCCCCCAACCACGCCUCCAUCAUCCAGCACACAGGAGUCGCGUCACAUCACAAUGGGACCAAAAAAGGACGAGAAGGGACAAGACAAGAAGAAAAGGUCUUCUGCUGCCGCUGCUGCCUCUCCUGAUGAUGAUGAGCAACAAGAAGACACUCAAGAACAACCUGCCAAGAAAGUGAAGGGACGAUCCAAGAAGAGGUCAUUGUCUGCUACCGGGGAGACACCCCCUCCUCCAGCCCUCUUGCGUCACCAAUCCACUUGGACACAGAGCCCCAACCUGGUCAUGAUGAUGCUGGGGGGCGCGGCAGGUCCCUGGUACCCCCGCCUGGUUCAUGGCCGCCUCGCACAAGACCAAGGUUGUCGCAAAGAACAUAUCCAGAAUUGCACUCAUUUCCGAGGAGGCGACGAAAUACACGGCACAACAGGUCAGAAGGUCAAGGAACGCCCCAUUGCCAGCACCUUCUACGCACCCUUCGACCUUUACGAGCGAGGCAAGUUCGACGAGAUCCUUGAGGGGAUGGUCAGCUCCCACGCCCAGAACGAGGACAUGGCCAUUUCCGAAGCCAUGACCAGCAAGAUGUUCGAGGACGCUAAGACUGGUGUUGGCCUGGACCUGGCGGCACAGAUCCUGCAGCAGGGGCGUGACCACGGCAUCGCUGGAUACAACCGCUGGAGGCACCUCUGCGGCCUCCCGAAAGCUGCCUCCUUCCAAGGCCUGAGUGACGUCGCUGCCCCGGAAAACAUCAAGAAACUACAAGGGAUUUAUAAGCAUGUGGAUGAUGUGGAUCUCUUCACCGGUGGACUCGCGGAAAAGCCAAACUGUGGAGCGCUGGUCGGGCCCACGUUUGGCUGUUUGAUUGGUCGCCAGUUCCACCACCUGAGGCGAGGCGAUCGUUACUGGUAUGAGGACGACAUCCCGCCCUCCUCAUUCACUAAGGAACAACUUUACGAGCUCUGCAAGACCAGCCUGGGACGUGUGAUCUGCGACAGCAGCGACAAGCUCCAGCACGUCCAGCCCAAGGUCAUGCUGGAGGCUGAUUCCUUCCUGAAUGCCCCAAUGGCCUGCCAGGGGAAGCAUAUCAAGGGUGUGGACCUGAAGAAGUGGAAGACCGCCAGCCCCAACUUCAUCAUUCCCGACAAGAUGCUUCAGGAGAGCAUUGAGAGGGCCAGGCGCGACAUCACCAACAUGAGGGACUCCGAGUGGAACCUCUGGGAAGCACGGGGUCGGAAGCGCAGGGGAGUGAGGACUUGAAGUUGAGUCCGAGGGUUAUGCGGGAGGCCGAGGAGCUUCUGACGGAUUGCUUUAGCGCGGGUGUCAAGGCUUGGGGGAUUAUGAGGCAACACGAACGGCAGCUGUGGCAGAAACGUCAGGCAGCAUAAGGGCACGAAAAACACGCGCAGCUGACCGCCAGCUGAAGGACUACUGAAUCCGGGUCACCAAGCAACGUCCUCGACCUGAUGGAAGUGUUGGCAAACAUUGACGUGAGCGACAUCAUGGAAAUCCCCAGUGUGUUUGAGUGUGACGACCAGACCUGCCUUGCGACCAUACACCACGAUUCCGUACGGCGACAGGAUGGUGCAAUAACCUGAAUUUCCCGUCCUUCGGCAAGUCAUUCCGGGCCAAGAGUCGUCUGUUGAGGCCCUCCUAUGAAGGUGGGCUAUCAAAACCCUGAGCUACGUCAAUCACAGGUCAGCCGCUUCCCUCCCCUCGGCUAAUCUCUACGAACAUGCACAACGAUGUCUCGGCUCCUCAUGUUCGCUACACCCUCAUGGUCAUGCAAUGGGGGCAGCUUAUCGACCAUGACAUCAUCUUCACGCCCAUCAACAAAGGUUACCGAGAGCAGAUGAACCAGGUCACUGCAUUUGUGGAUGCCUCACACACCCAUGGCUCAGACAAGUGUGAACAGAGACAGCUGAGAAUGAUAACGGUCACGCUUGCCAAGAUGCUCUGCGAUAACUGUGAUAAUGUGGAGAGUGAGCAGCGGUCCGUCUUUGACCUUCCUGACCCCUUCCUGAACCCUCGUGUGUCCCACCGUGACCUGCCGGGGAUCAACCCGGAGCUGUGGAAGGAGCGCGUGUCAUGUGGGGUCGGCAAGACUGAUAUUGACAUCGGGGCAGCCGAGCGCAUAUCACCCUGUGUCAUGUGCACCUGUACCAAGGAAGGGAAUUGAAUGGCUGAACGGACAUCUCUGGCGUCUUGGUCUGCCUGCGGCACACUGCACACUCUGGAAGAAAGAACACCAAGAUGUCAAGUUCCUGCAGAAUCAGCCUCUUAGUGAAGAAAAUGUGCCUUAUUUAUUUAAUAAAUAAUUGACAAAAAAAAUAA